GGAAGAGGCAGACAGCAAAACGAAAGGACGCCGCCGGCCCUAGUUCGUUUCAGUGCCUCCGCAGUCUCCACCACACGGACUUGCCACCAUGACGGCGGCUCCUCUUUUAUCGUUGACGGAUGCGGCGACGGCGACGGCGACGGCGGCGCUGGCCCCCGGCCGAGCGCCCGCCAGAGCCCGCAUUCAGGCCGCCCCCCGCCACCCCGCCACCGUCUCGCUGAGAUGCCACCGCGCUCGGCCCCUAACCGCGGCCGCCGCCACGGGCGACUCGCCGUCGUCCGCCGCGUUCCACGGCGAGUGCUUCGUCGUCGGGGACAACAUCGACACCGACCAGAUCAUCCCGGCCGAGCACCUGACCCUGGUGCCGUCCAAGCCCGACGAGUACCGCAAGCUCGGCUCCUUCGCCUUCGUGGGCCUCCCCGCCGCGGCCUACCCGAUUCCGUUCGUGGCCCCUGGCGAGGAGUCGUCCCGCUACGCCGUCAUCAUCGGCGGCGCCAACUUCGGGUGCGGCUCCUCCCGCGAGCACGCGCCCGUCGCGCUCGGAGCCGCCGGCGCGCGCGCCGUUGUGGCCGAGGGCUACGCCCGCAUCUUCUUCCGCAAUUCCGUGGCCACCGGGGAGGUGUACCCCCUGGAGCUCGCGGACAGUGGUGCCAGCAAGGAGUGCAAGACAGGGGAUGUGGUCACAGUGGACCUCGAUAACUCGGUCUUGAUUAACCACACAUCCGGAAAGCAGUACAAGCUGAAGCCUAUUGGUGAUGCAGGCCCGGUUAUUGAGGCCGGGGGGAUCUUCGCUUAUGCUCGGAAGACUGGGAUGAUCGCGUCCAAAUCUGCUUGAACAAAAAGUAAGCUUUAUCUGCUGUCAGAUUGGUUGAGGCCUUGCGGGUGGCAAGUAAGACUGGUUUAUGAAUAAGAGUCGCUGCACCUCUCCCUCCGGUGGUGAGGUGUGAUUGUCCAGCAGUUUUGCUACUACUUUGGCAUUGGCUUGCACCAGUAAUUGUGCGCAAAAACUCGGUUUGAGAGUGCUGAACUUUGUUGUAUUGAAAUGUUACACCCAUGUAAUACAGUAGUUUUGUUUGCACCUGUCAUCUUUGAUGUCAAGUGUACUCAUGCACUAGCUUAUGUUUAUUGAUUGCAGUGGUGGAUUGUAUCAGUUACUUCUGAUGUUCCUAUUCAGUGACAAAAAUCAAAUUCA